AUGUAUCACUAUUCUAGUCCACCACCCGGGUGGUCUAACUUCGACUACACCCAGUCGCCACCAACCUCGCCUUACUACGCCCAGUACGCAUCUCAGUACGCCAACCCCUACACAUCUCCUCGAGGAACCUCGCGACGACACACCCGCAAGGCCAGCUACACAGCCACAGCGACCAAGGAACCCGGCUACUACGCCUACCCGCAAAGUUACUACGAACCGACACCUGAAUAUGGCAUUCCGCCGCGCAAGCACGAUCAUGUAAGUGCUUCUUUUGGCGGAACGUCCAAACACCGUCGCAACCAUACGACCGGUCAUCCUGCGGGGGAUGGCUUCGGAGCCAAGCCGCAAUCGCAGAAACGACCCAUCUUCGUAGAUGUGGUCGACGAUGCAGGAGAUGUUCACUACACCUUUCGCGAGUCCCGAGCACGCCCUGGCCGUCCCCCAGCAGCUUCAACCUCCAAACGAGAAGGCCCAGGCCAACAUCGUCGUACCGCGUCGACUUCUCAACGCAAAUCAAACCCAGCCGCUGAUUCUCACUUUUACUUUACUCAGGCUCCUAACCAGGAGGAUAUCGAAGCAACUCGUCGCUCAUCCCGUGCCCGUCGCCAAUCAACUUCAACCCGUACACCAAACAAGCCUAAACCAGCCCCCGCCACUAAACCGCCAGUUGUCGCCACUGAGGAAGACGCAGAACGAGUCGGCAUUCCAGCAGGUUACUCGAUAAAGAACUGGGAUCCUACCGAGGCACCUAUUAUUCUUCUCGGCAGUGUAUUCGAUGCCAAUUCGCUCGGUAAAUGGAUCUACGACUGGACUGUCUUCCACCAUGGCGCAUCGACGCCCAUGGCUGACGUUGCGGGUGAUUUGUGGCUGUUACUUAUCAAGCUUGCGGGAAAGGUGAAACGGGCUGACGAAUGUCUCCCACGAAUCAAAUGUAUUGAUGCCCAGGAAAUCGUUGAGGACUUCUUAGAAAGUGGCGACCGACUGUGGGGCCGUUUUAAGAAGCUCCUGAAGGGCUGUGAACUUUACAUGUGGAAGGCUGCUAAAAGGGAAAGUGGCAAGGGUGCGCCCGUAUCUAUGGGGCGUAAUGCAGGUUGCGAAUUCGUCGAAUCGAUCUUCGGACGUGACCGUGAACUUGAGAAUACAGAGAAGUUGAUGAACAGCAUACGCUUAUGGAAUAUGCGAUUCGACGCCAACUGCGAAGAUAUUCUACGCCGACCGUCCGCCAAAUAG